CCACUUUGCUUCCCACGACCAUCAUCCAACUAACAAGUGGCCAUCUGCCCGCCGGUUCGCAGCCAAAUAGCGUGCGGCCGCCCUCGAUGCCCAUUGACCAAGGGCGGUCAAGCCCGUCGGUCGAUUUGCUGCUGCUCAUUGUCUCGCCGCUGCACCGCAAUGCCACACACCCUUGUAGCAACGUUGGGAAGCGUGCUCGCCAGACAGCGAGGCGCGACCGGUGAACCCCAGAUGGGAACGCGUGCUGCGGGUGCAAUCAGUCCAUGGCAGCAUUUCGUUUGGGCGAGCAAGUCCACAUGGAAGGAUUCUCGCGCCGCCCCUGUCCUACCUUUGAACCAAACCGCCGGCUCUCUGCCGGUCUCUGUCUGUCCUUUGGCCUUGAGGCUGUGGGUGGGUUUGAACUGAUCCUACGGCUGCUGCGCCCUCUGACUGACCCGCUUGGACUUGGAACCAUCAAAACGUUGUUUGGCGUGGGCAAAAUCUUCCAAGGUGAAGCCCAAAACUUCCCUCACAAGACAUUCUGUAUACGCCCCCAUGCUGGACCAGUGUGCAUAUCCCCAUUGCAACGGUCCAACAUUCGCCGUGCGUGGUCUUGUCUGAGUUGACGUAUGCGUAUUGCUUGUUCUGGUGUGGCGAGUGUAGCUGCUGACCAAUUUGGCUAUGGGGGGCCAGAAAGCGGAGUCCGGUGGGGCGGCACUCUUAUCGCACGAGAACGUAGUAUUGGCUAUUGACGAGCCAUGCUUGUGCGUGAUAUUAAGGCUGUGACGUGUAGCUGUAAUCAUACCGUACAUAGUGCUAUUGAUACAUAAGGUGGUGACCUUUCGUCGAUCAAUCAAUCAAUCAAUCAGUAAACCAUGAAACGAUGCAAACGCACGUACCAGACCCAUGCUUUCUUUCACUACCAUUUCACCAGUGCAAUCAUUCGUGCACAUUAUCCCUCAUCCGUUUCAUCAGACACCUUUUUUUCAUACAUUUCAUUGAUACACAUGGGAUGAUUU